AUGCUCUUCUCGCUCCGGGAGCUGGUGCAGUGGCUGGGCUUCGCCACCUUCGAGAUCUUCGUGCACCUGCUGGCCCUGUUGGUGUUCUCCGUGCUGUUGGCCCUGCGUGUGGACGGCCUGGCUCCUGGCCUCUCCUGGUGGAACGUCUUCGUGCCCUUCUUUGCUGCUGACGGGCUCAGCACCUACUUCACCACCAUCGUCUCCGUGCGACUCUUCCAGGAUGGAGAGAAGCGGCUGGCCGUGCUCCGCCUUUUCUGGGUCCUCACAGUUCUCAGCCUCAAGUUCGUCUUCGAGAUGUUGUUGUGCCAGAAGCUGGUGGAGCAAACGCGAGAGCUCUGGUUCGGCUUGAUCACGUCUCCGGUCUUCAUUCUCCUGCAGCUGCUCAUGAUCCGUGCCUGCCGGGUCAACUAG